AUGUGUAUAGAUUCUUCUAAUAAAAAAGAAAAUAUGUGUAUAGAUUCUUCUAAUAAAAAAGAGAAUAUAUGUAUAUAUUCUUCUAAUAAAAAAGAAAAUAUGUGUAUAGAUUCUUCUGAUAAAAAAGAAAAUAUGUGUAUAGAUUCUUCUGAUAAAAAAGAUGAGGAGAAUAUAAAAAAAGAACAUCAAAAUAAUGACGAUGAAAUAUUAGAAAAUAUAAAUAAAUGUAAUCAAAUAGAUAUAUUUAUUGAUAAUAAAAAUAAAAUUAAUUUUAUAUCAGAAGAAAAUAAAAAGGAAGAUAUAUUAAAUAUUAAAAAAAAUAUAUAUGAACAAGAUACUACCUAUAGUGAUAUACAUCUUAUAACUACAGAACAUACUGAUGAAGAAAAAAAUAUUCUAUGUAAUGAACAUAAUGAAGAAAAAAUAAUUACACAAAAAAAUAUACAAAUUUCUGAUAAGAAAAUAAAUAUGAACUCUAAAGAUAAGGAAUAUAUUAAUAAAAUAAAUAAUAACAACUGUGACAUACAAGGGAAUCAUCAUCAUGUAUCUGAUGAAAAAAAUAUGUUGAUCAACGAAGACGUGACGAAAAAUAAUGACACAUUCUCAAAAAAAUUAAAUAGUAAAUUUUCAAAGGAGGAAAAAAAAAAUGAUAAUGACAAGAAGGCCAUUAUUAAUGAUGAUAUUGUGUAUGACAUAAAUGUAAGUAUAAGUGUUGACGAGCAAAAUGAAAAUUUAAAAAGUGAUAAAAAUUUAAAGAGUGAUGAAAAUUUAAAAAGUGAUGAAAAUUUAAAAAGUGAUGAAAAAAUACAAAGUGAUGAAAAAUUACAAAGUGAUGUAAAAUUACAAAGUGAUGAAAAAUUAAAAAGUGAUGAAAAAUUACAAAGUGAUGAUAUUUUAAAAAAUAAUAAGAUUCUAUCUUGUGAAGAAGAAGAGGAAGAAAAUCUUUCCUUAGAAGAAAUAUUAUAUGAAACAACAGAAAGAUCAAAAAGUUAUAACCGCAAAAAUUAUGGACUUUUAGGUAUCUUAAAAGUUAUAAAAAUGACAGACCCUAAUUUAAAUAUAUUAGCUAUAGGUUCUGAUUUAACAACAUUAGGAUUAAAUUUAAAUUCACCUAAUUAUAUUUGUACAUCUGUUUCUUCACCAUUCUCUGAAAACCCUAUAGAAAAUGAAGAAGAUUUUAUCAAACCUAUAUCUUAUUUAAAUACACAAUUUCAAAUACGAUUAUCAUUAUUAUUAAAAUUACAAACAGAAACUUUAUUUUAUAUUUUUUAUAAUUUACCAAGAGAUGUAUUACAAGCAUAUGCAGCAUCAGAACUUUAUAUAAGAAAAUGGAUAUAUCAUAUUAUAUAUAAAAAAUGGUUUACCCCUAAAAAUUCUACAAAUAAUAUGAAUUUAGAGAAAUGUGAUUCAUGGAUAUAUUUUGAUCCAAUAACAUGGUCAAAAAAAACAUAUGAUAAUUAUUUGAAUAUAAAAGAUGAUAUAAUGAAUGUAGAGGAUGUUACUAAAUGCAUUGAGCAAAUAAUUAAACUACAAUCUUAUUAUAACAUACACCAGCAAAAUCAUUAG